UGGGCGCUGACAGGGGGCAGCGGAACCUCGUUUGGGUUGUGUAUAAAACGGGUUUUGAUGGAGCGGCGCAAUUCUGUAGCCUUUAGCGGAAAUAAACCCGUCGAAACCACAGCAUACAGUAUGUCAGAUGCAUGGUGAAGAAUGGUGUUUCUACCCAGUUCCUUUGGAGGCUAAAUGGAUGUUUGCUUCGUGCCUCAGCCCGCCGGGGUGUGGAGCCGGCUGCUCGCAUUCAGGCUUUGUCAAGAGGCUUGCUGCAGAGACAGGAAGGAACAUCCUCUUCUUGCAAGCCCAGUCACGUCAGCAGUGCUUAUCCCAGAUCUGCUAUGAUUUUUAUCACAGAAUCCUAGAAUGGUUUGGCUUGGAAGGGACCUUAAAGACCAUCUGGUUCCAACCCCCCUCCCUGCCAGGAGCAAGGACACUUCCACAAAGGACGACUAAGUAAGAGGACAGCAUGAGGAUUCCUGCAGUGAGUUGCGGUUGUCUAGUGAAGCAUCGCCUUGUGCAUACUUUUGUUCUUGAACGUGAAAGGUGUCCUGUGAAGGAGUCCAGGAAUUUCAGGAAGAGAAAGAAUGUUCUCCUUUUGGGAAGCUGAAUGUUACCCUGAGUACAAGACAGGCUUCACAGAUGGCAUGAAUGUCCUGUUCAUAGUUGUGGAUGAUCUGCGUCCUGUUUUGGGCUGUUAUGGAGAUAAGCUGGUGAAAUCUCCAAACAUUGAUCAGCUUGCUUCUCACAGUGUUGUGUUCAGCAAUGCGUAUGCACAGCAAGCCGUGUGUGCUCCCAGUAGAGUGUCGUUUCUUACUGGACGCAGACCUGACAGUACCCGACUGUAUGAUUUCUACUCCUACUGGAGAGUGCAUGCAGGAAACUAUUCCACGAUGCCACAGUAUUUCAAGGAAAACGGCUAUGUGACCCUAUCUGUGGGGAAAGUUUUUCAUCCUGGGAUUUCAUCCAAUUACAGUGAUGAUUAUCCACACAGUUGGUCUGUUCCACCAUUUCAUCCUUCAACUGAAAAGUAUGAAAAUGAUAAGACUUGUAGGGGAAAAGAUGGAAAACUUUAUGCUAAUUUGGUGUGCCCAGUGGAUGUGACAGAAAUGCCCAGUGGUACUCUGCCUGAUAUUCAGAGCACUGAAGAGGCCAUACGCUUAAUAAAUGUUAUGAAAACCAACAAGCAAAAAUUCUUCCUGGCUGUCGGUUACCACAAACCACACAUCCCACUGAGGUACCCACAGGAAUUUCUCAAGUUAUACCCCUUCGAAAACAUCACCUUAGCCCCAGAUCCCUGGGUGCCUGAGAAACUACCUUCUGUGGCGUACAACCCCUGGAUGGAUAUCAGACAGAGGGAUGAUGUGGAAGCAUUAAAUGUUAGUUUCCCUUAUGGACCACUUCCAGAUGACUUCCAGCGGCAGAUUCGUCAGAGUUAUUAUGCAGCAGUUUCUUACCUGGAUACGCAAGUUGGCCAGCUCUUGAAUGCUUUGGAUGAUGCAGGGCUCUCAAAUAGCACGAUAGUGGUUUUUACUGCUGAUCAUGGAUGGUCUCUGGGAGAACAUGGCGAAUGGGCAAAAUACAGCAAUUUUGAUGUUGCCACCCGUGUGCCACUGAUGUUUUACGUACCAGGAAUGACAACGUCCCCUGUUAGUCGAGGAGAGAGCAUGUUCCCCUACCUCGACCCUUUUAGCCAUAUUUUAGGCUUGGUACCACAAGGGCAAAGCAAAAAAGUGGUUGAACUUGUGUCCCUGUUUUCAACACUUGCUGAACUGGCUGGCCUGCAAGUUCCUCCUGUGUGCCCUGAGGCUUCAUUUCAUGUUUCACUGUGCACUGAGGGGUCGAGCAUUGUCCGGUAUUUUAAUGCCUCUGAAGAGAAGGUGAAGGAAGAGAAGGAUGGGUGUGAUGACACUUGCAGGUGUUUUAAUGAAGAAACUGUUGCUUUUAGCCAGUAUCCCCGGCCUGCAGACACUCCUCAGUGGAACUCUGACAAGCCAAAGCUGAAAGACAUCAGAAUCAUGGGCUAUUCCAUGCGUACUAUUGACUACAGGUAUACUGUGUGGGUUCGGUUUAAUCCUAACAACUUCAGUGCUGACUUUGAGGAUGUCCAUGCAGGAGAGUUGUACAUGGUGGAGACUGAUCCAAACCAGGAUUAUAACAUCUAUAACAAUACCUCACAUGCUUGGUUUUUAAAAAAAAUUCUUGGCUUCCUUAAGCACUAGUUCAGAAACUUCUUGCAGCUGAAGUAACACUUACUUUUUUUUGCAUAAAACCUUUCUGUUGUACAGAAAACACUUGGAUUGAAUUAAAAUCCUGAAAACAUUA